AUUUCUUUUGGACCCACGCUACAGGACAAAUCGUACGAGGAGAUAUAUAUCCUUUUCACCGAAUAAAGCCGCCAUUUUGGAAAUUCCAAAAAAUUCAGUUAGAUUUUUUCAAAGAUUUACACAAGCGCCAUGCAGUCAGGAAAUAAUAUAGAUGAUGGAUUUGUAUGUCGGCUUCGUGGUUUACCAUGGUCAGCGACAGCUGAUGAUGUCACAGAGUUCUUUGGAGAGAAUGUAAGAAUUGUACCAAAUGGCGUUCACUUCACAUUUUCUCGGGAGGGACGACCAAGUGGAGAGGCGUUUAUUGAACUGGAGUCUGAGGAAGAUGUUGAGGCUGCAUUAACACGUCAUAAAGACCAUAUGGGACAGAGAUAUAUUGAAGUGUUUAGAUCGAAACAAAGUGAGAUGGAAUGGGUGGUGAAACGAUCAAGCCGAAAUCAGCCGCAGUCUGGCGAGGCUGUUCUCAGGUUGAGAGGACUGCCAUUUGGUUGCUCAAAAGAGGAAAUUGCACAGUUCUUUUCAGGGUUGGAGUUAGUACCAAAUGGGAUAAUGCUACCAGAAGAUCGUCAUGGGAGGACAACUGGGGACGCCUACGUACAAUUCGCUACUUGUGAGAUAGCGGAGAAGGCUUUACUCAAACACAAAGAAAGAAUUGGGCACAGAUACAUUGAAAUAUUUAAAAGUAGUUUAAAUGAAGCUACUGCAAACAUUUACCAGGACUUUGGAAUGGCAAAGCAGCCUCGCCCACUGAUGGGUAUGCGCCCAAGCCCGUACAACAGGAACGAGAGGAUGAUGGGUGGCGGUGGAAUGGGUGGAAACAUGGGGAUGGGCGGUGGUAUGGGUUACGGUAGAGGUCGUGGUGGCAGAAAUCUCAAAGGUUUCUAUGAUGAUGAUUAUGAUGAUGAUAUGGGAUUUGGCAACAACAUGGGUGGUGGCAGUGGACGUAUGGGAAUGGGCAGUAUGGGCGGAGGUAUGGGAAUGGGAAUGAAUCGUCGUGGUGGCAACAUGAGGCAGCAGGGUAUGUCAGGUCAAGGUCGUAUGGGAGGAGACAGGAUGGGGAUGAUGAAAGGAGGAAGUCAGCCAGGCUGUCACUACAUCAGUAAGACGGGACAUUCUGUACACAUGAGGGGACUGCCAUUCCAAGCUAAUGACCAAGAUGUUGCUGAUUUUUUCUCACCACUGGUACCAGUCAAGGUAGAGUUUGAGUUCAACAAUCAAGGUCGGCCAACAGGUGAAGCCAACGUGGACUUCUCUACACACCAAGAAGCAAAGGAGGCCAUGAAAAAACACAAAGCUAACAUGCAACACAGAUAUAUUGAGUUAUUCCUAAAUUCCACGCCCAGUAACCGUAGUGACGGAAUGUUUGGUGGCGAUGAUUUCCAGGGAGAGGGAGAUAUGGAUAUGAUGGGAGGUAUGAGGAAAGGUAACAUGGGUGGUGGAUUCGGUGGUGGAUUUGGCAUGAACAAUAUGGGAGGAGGCGAUGGAUUUUCAAACAUGGGCUCAAACAUGCGAUCACGAAUGAACAACAACCCCAACUACACCGCAUUCUGAAGUGGAAGAGACUGCUUACUAAAAAUAGAAUUAUCAAACAACCUGCAUCUGCCAAAAACAGAACAGUUAUAUUUGUGGAUAUUGUCUGGUGAUCGUUAAAUACUGAGUAAUCAUUGUCUGUAAAUAACAUAUCUAAGUUCUCUCUGUAAUUUUCCAGUUUCUAAAGUUUAGUAAUGGCAGAAAAUUUUGACACUCAGCAGUUGUUUGUCUAAGGCUGUCAGUUACAGCAGGAAUGACGACUGGAUGAAUUGUCCAAAAACAUGCAUUUCAUGGGAUCAUAUAUUUUGUAAUAUUUACAGUCCAGCCAAGAAUUUAUUUCAUAGUUAAUACUCGUUGAUAUCAUAAAGUCAUUAAACUGAAUUAAAGACUUCUGUUAAAAACAGUUAUGAUUAAGCACAUAUUGUAGAAUUUAUUUUAGGGUUAGAAUUAUUUUGUGUGUUUCAAAUUGACCCUAUUUUAAACCAUAUACCACAUUGCAUCUUGGGAAAUGUUUAAUCCAUUAAUGUGAAUACCAUUUGGAACAUUGUUAUGAAGACCUUCAUUAUUUUUGUUGUAAUGUAUUGUUAAUAAAAUGUCCUUCAUUGUGCUAAUUACCAAAUUUUCUAAAUAGUUUGCUACCUGUUUGGAAUCAUGUUCACUGAGUUAUCAAUCUUUUAACAAUAGAAUAACUUCAUUUAUGUAAGUAAUUUGGCAAGACUUAUUAUUUUCAUUUGAUAAAAUUCUUAUGUACCUCAGAGAUUUUGAAAGAAAUCCAGACUGUUUGUAUGCGAAUCAUACUUUAUUCCAUUAGGAAGUGGAAGUAAAGGACCAAAUCUAGACUACAAAUAAAAUUUUGGUAAAACAAUUGUUUAUGGUGUUUGACAUCAAAUAUGGGGCAGAGAAGCAUUGUAGAUGUAUUUUCAAUGUGCUACAGGUUCCCAUACUGUUGCUCCAUGUUGUAUUUUUACAUAUAUCAUUGAAAGUGUGAAACAUGUUUCAUUUAUCAUCUUAUCAUUGGAAUAAACAAAGGUACUUUU